UUUUUUUUCUUCUUCUUCUUCCCACUUUCUCUCAUCUCCAUCGCAACUUCAUUUUUCUUCUUCAUGGCAGCAAAGCAACAAGGUCAGAUUCUAUACCUUGGAUCUACUGGAUCAAAGAAUGGUCCUGGAGGAUCCCUAAGCACUAGGUUUCAAAAACUUGCUCAAGCACGCAACAGUGGUAUCACGAUUGUCAAUCAACCUGUGGCAGGCGCAGACCCUGUCGGUGGUCGUGGACUAGGUCUUGGCUACAAAACAGGAACCUCCCCAUCAGGGCUAACGGGUCAACGUAUUAUUACAAAUAACAAGCGAGGAGGGACAGGAAUAGAAGCAGGAGCAGGAGUUAAAGGACUGUCUUUAACAGCCUCUGGGAAGGGUCUUCACACCCCUGGAGGACUGGCUAGAGCCAUGCAGGAACGCGGAACAGGAGUAACGGAUGAAUUCCUGUUGGCGCCAGCUGUUGCUCUUGGGGGCUCGCCAGGCCAUGAAGGCAGAAAUGGAAAGAAAGGAGGGCCUGUUUCUAGAAAUAUCAAGGGUACCAGCAAUCACCCUAAUCAUACUCAAUCUAAUCGACACAAGGCGAUGGUAUUAGGAAAUCGUCCUGGAAGGAAACAAUCAGGAAAGAGCUCAAGUACAUCGUCGUCAUCAUCAAGUCCACAGCUACAAUCUAACAAGAAAGAAAACGGUUUACAGCAACAGAAACAAAAACAAAAAGGAGCAAAUGCUAGCAAGGCAACAGCAAAAGGAGCUGGGAAGGCUAAGGGUGCAAAACCUGGAAAGCCCGAUGUAAAGAGCCUGGAUUCGGAAUUGGAUUCAUAUAUGAUGGCCAACAGCCAUACAGCAGCAAGUCUACUUGACAAUGAUUUAGACUCUUACAUGGCAGAAAGAUCAGAAGAUGCAUCCUGGUGAUUGCUUUUACUAUUCUACCUAUUUAUCUACCUACCUACCUUCCUAUCAACCAAUCUAUCAAGUUACCUCUCUUUUUCUUUUUGCUUUCCUUUUCUGGGACAAAGCAUCGCAUUACCGUCGCUAACGAUUUAAUAUCCUCUUUUCCUGCUUGACGAAGGAAAGAGGGAGGAUACAUUUUUUAAAAAUAAAACAAUUCAAGUACGACAGAUGUUCCUGAGUACAAAG